CUCGCGGGUAGAACCGCAGGAGUAUCUUCUUGCAGGUGCCGGGAGAGGUACCGGUCCUCGUUUAAAUUGCUGGAUUGGCCCAUUAAGAAGACGGUCAGCCCCCUGGGGGCACGCCGGCCAAUCAAAGUGCAGCAAGGCAGCGGCGGCUGCUGGCCAGGGCUUCCGGCGGCUUCCUUGCAGCCCCUUUGUCUAGACAUUCCUAUGGCGACUUGAAGACGGUUUCUCCACACCCGAGAUGGCGUCCACGCUCCCGACAUCCGAACCCCAGGAGCCAGUACUGUUUGAUGAUCUGGCUGUGUAUUUUUCUCAAGAGGAAUGUGUAACUCUGCAUCCUGCCCAGGGAUCUCAUAGCAGAGAGGCCACCCAGGAGAGUUUCGAGGAUGUGGCCUUGAUGGGAGGGGAAAGCAAUACUGAGAUUAAUGAGCAAUUAAACCUAGAGUCUCUGGGACUUGCAGAGCUUUCCUUAGAAAAUUACUCCAUUGCUGCACCUCUGGACCAUUACCCACAAAAAUCCUCUGAAGAUACAGUUGGAAUCCUUGAAAGGAAAAUAGUAGGUGGAACUUCCACUUACAAGAGCAAGUUAAGAAGCCUUUUAAUUACCAUUGAAAAUCAUACUCCAUUAGUAGAAUUGUCUCAAUGUUUAGGAGUCAAAGCACUUUCUGAAAUUCUUGAAUUUCCCUUGGAAGAAGCCAAAAAUGAGUACAAGUGCCCCGAAUGUGACCAAACCUUCAGUGAUAACUCAUAUCUUGUUUUGCACCAGAAAAUACAUUCACAAGAUAAAAAGUAUCAAUGUGGUGACUGUGGGAAGAGCUUCAGUUAUAGAGCCAACCUGAGUACACACAAGAGAAUCCACACUGGUGAGAAGCCUUUUAAGUGUACUAAGUGUAGUGCUACUUUCCGCCAGCAGUCUCUUCUGUCCCGCCACAUGAACAGCCACGUAAAGGAGAAACCCUACACAUGUAAUAUGUGUGGAAAAGGUUUUAUGUGGCUCCCAGGAUUAGCACAGCAUCAGAAAAACCACACUACUGAAAAAGCAUAUGAACACUCAAACCAUGGUAAAUCUUUUGAUCAGAAAACAAAUCUGGCUUUGCCUGAGAAUACACACACACCAGCAACCCAGCACAGUCAGCGUGUGAAGAGCUUCACACAGCCUUCAUACCCUUGUCUCCCUAAGAAGAGCUACAAGGAAGACUCUGAACAACACGGUAUUGAUGAUGAAAACUUUUUUUCAUUCUCCAGAUUCAAACCCUUACAGUGUCCUGAGUGUGACUUGACAUUUCCUUGUUUCUCCGAGCUUGUCUCUCAUCAGAACAUUCACACAGAAGAAAAGCCCUAUAAAUGUGAAACGUGCGCACAGAGUUUUGCUUCAAAUUUAGAACUUACAUGCCACCAGAAGAGCCACAGGCAAGCGGAACCUUUUAAAUGUUCUGUUUGUGGGAAGAGUUUUAAAGUAAAUAUACGUCUCAUUACUCAUAGGCGAACCCACAGGAAAAAUACUCUGUAAAUACAGAAAAAUAGGCUCUACUGUAAGACAAGAAAGAACUGAGUUUCUUUGUAUGACUAAUUAUAAACAAGGAGUCCAUAUAAUAAGCCACAGGAUCUAUAACAAGAGAUUGGUAUGAAACCCCUCACACUGUUCCAGGUAUCAACUACGGACAGCUCCAUCAUAGGCAGCACACAGUACAACUCGGUCAGAACUCCACAGGGAUGACAAUGGAAACGUGUUAAUGCGAACUCACACAUGCCUUACAGAAGUGUUGCUACCUGAACAUACAAUUAUUACAUGCCAUACAAACUACGACUACAAUUUUUGAUCCAAUAAAA